CGCCUUCGCGGCUUAUGAAAUACUCAAUGUAUAGGGAAGAGGUGUUUGUGAGUGAGUGAGUGUGUGAGUGUGUGUGUGAGAGAGAGUGUAGAGUUGUAUUUAUGCACAAUUUUAGUUCAGGGGGGUGGUGGGGAAUCUUUUUAGAAGUAAGGGAGUGUAACACAGGAGGAUUAAAGUAGCUGAUUGCGCUCUGUGCCUGAAGCCACUGCCCGCCUGCUCGAUGAAUUAAACGGCUGACACAAACGAGACCCGCAAACUCAGCCGUGUUCCUGAGAGGGAACGAGCGAGCGAGCGACAGCGGGCGGGCCGAAGAAAGUCCACAGACUUUGGUCGGUAACUUCCAUCCAACCAACCAACCAACCAUCCCGCCCGCUUCCAAGCGAAGGAGGAGGAGAACAAGAAGGGGGGGGAAUGUAAAAAGUUGUGGUCGUCGGUCGAGAAUGAAGCGGCCGCUGCCUCCGCCGCCUGCCCCGUGCGCUUAUCAGGCAGCGGGAGAAGCCUGGAAGAGCCCUAGGCAGGCACCGCGCCGCUGAGGGGGAGCGAAGAGGAACCCGCCAGGGAUCCAUUGACUGAGCGACCGACCGACCGCGUCGCCCGCCCACUAGACUGCCUGCGUGCCUGACGGAGCGUCGGCCUUUCCGCACCGUGAAACCACAAACACUCCCCUCUUUCUCGUUCCAAAACAUUUUCCUCCUUUGAACCUUGUGGCCAUAUGAGGUCUUUUCUUGGAUUCCUCUCCAUGAUUCCUGCUGGAACAGAAGAAGCUGUGGCUACUGUUUUCAUUCCAUGAGUGUGUUGUAAAGUUUUUAAAUCUUGAAAGGAGAUGAAGCUCUGGAUGUUUCCACCCUUUUGGACCUAUCUGAGGAAAGGGAAAAUGUAUCGGAGGCAUUGAGAUUUUUGUGAAAACGUUCAGUUCCAUUGAUUUGCCAGUUGUGUGGGAUUAGUUUAAAAAACCCACAACAAUCCUUCAGACCAAUAUCGUUACAACUCUGGGGGAGAGUUGGCUGAACGUACAAAAAGGAAACAAAAAACUUAUUGUGAACUAGAAUAACUGGAUAACAAGAAUAAUAGGAUGACAUCUCUUGUGGAUCCUAGGAUUAAACAAGCAUUGAGGAAGAAACCAUCGGAAAGAACUCAAGAGGAAUUAAAUACUAUCUACUACUACCUUCAUGGAAUGGACAUACUGUCUCAUCUCAGGGAGCAUCAGUUAAGAAUUAUGACUUCCAGUGCACGUUACAAAAGGUACGACGGAAAUCAAGUUCUGUUUUGCUCAGAGACUAUUGCAAGAUGCUGGUAUAUUCUGCUUUCUGGAUCUGUGCUUAUGAAGGACUCCAUGUUUUUGCCACCCUGCAGCUUUGGCAAGCAAUCUGGAGGAAAACGAGGUUGUGAAUGUAUUGUAUUGGAGCCUUCUGAAAUUAUUGUGGUGGAUAACUCGAAAGAGAAUGAAGACAGUAUCCUGCAAAGGGAAGUGCCCGUCCGACAAUCUCGGCGGAGGUUUAGGAAGAUUAACCAGAGGGGAGAACGUCAGACCAUCACAGACAACGUGGAUGUUAGCAGCUAUCUUUCACUUCCAGCAGACCUUACCAAGAUGCAUCUCACAGAUGGUCAACAUCCACAGGUGACGCAUGUUUCUUCAAGCCAGUCUGGUUGCAGCAUUGCUAGUGAUUCUGGGAGUAGCAGUUUAUCUGACAUCUACCAGGCUACUGAAAGUGAGAUGGGAGAUGUAGAUUUAACUGGUCUUCCAGAAGCACCAGUAGAUUCUGAAGAUGAUGAAGAAGAAGAUGAAGAUAUUGACAGAACUUCAGAUCCACUGCUGGGGCGUGAUGUUGUACGGGAGUGCCUUGAAAAGGAACCGGCGGACAAAACAGAUGAUGAUAUUGAACAAUUACUGGAAUUUAUGCAUCAACUUCCAGCAUUUGCAAACAUGACUAUGUCUGUAAGAAGAGAGCUCUGUUCAGUGAUGAUAUUUGAAGUUGUAGAACAAGCAGGAGCCAUCAUUCUUGACGAUGGUCAAGAACUUGAUUCUUGGUAUGUUAUUUUAAAUGGCACUGUGGAAAUCAGCCAUAGAGAUGGUAAAACAGAAAAUCUCUGUAUGGGAAAUAGCUUUGGGAUUGCACCCUCUCUGGAAAAGCAAUACAUGAAUGGUGUGGUUAGGACCAAAGUAGAUGACUGCCAGUUUGUAUGUAUAGCCCAGCAAGACUAUUGGAGAAUUCUGAACCAUGUUGAAAAAAAUACACACAAAGUUGAAGAAGAAGGGGAAAUUGUUAUGGUGAAGGAGCACAGAGAGCUGGAUCGCAGUGGAACCAGGAAAGGACACAUUGUUAUUAAGGCAACACCUGAACGCCUCAUUAUGCAUUUAAUAGAAGAACAUUCUAUUGUAGAUCCAACAUAUAUUGAAGACUUUCUGUUAACAUACAGAACAUUUUUGUCAAGCCCUCUGGAAGUUGGGGACAAACUCUUGGAGUGGUUUCAAGUAGACAGUCUCAGGGACAAGGUUACCAGAGUUGUACUGUUGUGGGUGAACAACCAUUUUAAUGAUUUUGAGGGAGAUCCAGCCAUGACAAGAUUUUUGGAAGAAUUUGAAAAACAUUUGGAAAAUGCGAAAAUGAAGGGGCACCUCAGGUUACUAAACAUUGCCUGUGCAGCCAAGGCAAAAUGGAGACAAAUCACAUUGCAGAAGCCUUCUAGAGACUCCCCACUUUUCUUCAGCCUACUUGGAGGAAGUGAAAAAUGUUUUGGUAUUUUUGUCGAGACAGUGGAAUCCGGAAGCAAAGCGGCAGAAGCUGGGCUUAAAUGUGGUGAUCAGGUAAUGGAAGUAAAUGGGCAAAAUUUUGAGAAUAUUACAUUUGCAAAAGCCACUGAAAUCUUGAGGAACAAUACACAUCUUUCCAUCACUGUAAAAACAAAUAUUUUUGUGUUCAAAGAGCUGCUUAGCAGGAUAGGGCAGGAGAAGAAUGGAGUUCCACAUAUUCCAAAAAUUGCUGAAAAGAAAAAUAAUCGCUAUUCCAUCCCAGAUAUUCCUGGAGAUGUGGAACAGAUGUUUCCACGUGAGAAAGGAAACAAGAAAAUAAAAGCAAACACUGUAUCUGGUGGAAGAAACAGAAUCAAGAAAAUUUUAGACAAGACACGAUUCAGCAUCUUGCCUCCAAAAUUGUUCAGCGAUGGCAGUGUAAGCCAGUCACAGGAUGACAGCAUUGUGGGGACAAGGCAAUGCAGGCACAGUUUGGCAAUUAUGCCUAUUCCUGGCACUCUCUCAUCCAGCAGUCCUGAUCUCUUGCAGCCUACAACCAGCAUGUUGGAUUUCUCCAAUCCUUCAGCGGUUGGUUUUUACUACAUUCAGGAUCAGGUUAUAAGAGUUUUCAAAGCCGAUCAACAGAGCUGUUACAUUAUCAUCAGCAAAGACACUACAGCAAAAGAAGUUGUAAGCCAAGGAGUUCAUGAAUUCAGUCUGACAGGAGCCUCAGACACCUAUUCCCUCUGUGAAGUUUCUGUAAGUCCCGAAGGAGUUAUCAAACAAAGAAGGCUUCCUGAUCAGUUCUCAAAGUUAGCAGAUCGAAUUCAGCUCAAUGGGAGGUAUUACUUGAAAAAUAACAUGGAAACUGAGACUCUGUGCUCAGAUGAAGAUGCUCAAGAAUUGCUUAGAGAGAGCCAAAUUUCCCUUCUACAACUGAGCACCAUUGAGGUGGCUACUCAGCUAUCAAUGAGAGACUUUGAAUUAUUUCGGAACAUUGAGCCUACUGAAUAUAUUGAUGACCUAUAUAAACUUGAAUCUAAAAUGGGAAAUGCUAACCUAAAGCAGUUUGAGGAUGUUAUUAAUCAAGAGACAUUUUGGAUUGCCACAGAAAUUUUAUCAGAGACAAACCAACUCAAAAGGAUGAAAAUUGUAAAACAUUUCAUAAAAAUUGCUCUUCAUUGUCGAGAGUGCAAGAACUUCAACUCUAUGUUUGCUGUUAUAAGUGGUCUUAAUCUGGCACCAGUAGCUCGGCUUAGAGGUACAUGGGAAAAGUUACCAAGCAAAUAUGAAAAGCAUCUAAGAGAUCUUCAAGAUCUUUUUGAUCCAUCGAGAAAUAUGGCAAAGUAUCGCAACAUCCUUAGCAGUCAGAGCAUGCAGCCUCCAAUUAUUCCACUUUUUCCUGUUGUCAAGAAAGAUAUUACAUUUCUGCAUGAAGGGAAUGAUUCAAAGGUGGAUGGCUUGGUAAAUUUUGAGAAGCUCAGAAUGAUUGCAAAAGAGAUUCGUCAAGUCAUCAGAAUGACUUCUGCUAACAUGGAUCCAGCUGUAAUGUUCAGGCAAAGGAAGAAGAGGUGGAGGAGUUUGGGAUCACUGAGUCAGGGCAGCACAAACUCAAACAUGUUGGAUGUUCAAGGAGGUGCUCACAAAAAACGUGCCCGGCGCAGCUCUCUUCUAAAUGCAAAAAAGUUGUAUGAGGAUGCUCAGAUGGCCAGGAAAGUCAAACAAUACCUCUCCAAUCUGAAUGUAGAAACUGAUGAAGAAAAAUUCCAGAUAAUGUCACUUCAGUGUGAACCUGCGUAUAGCACUUUGACAAAAAAUUUAAGUGAAAGGCGAGGUGGAAAAGCUGCAGAAAUGUCUCCCAUACCAUUGAGGUCUGUCGGCCAAACUGCAAAAGUCCAUCUACAUCAGCAAAACAGAAUGAGUCAAGUCCUUCAAGUUCCAGCUGUUAAUUUGUACCCCAUUAGGAAAAAAGUACCUGCAAAGGACCAUGUGACUUUUAAUUCAGGUUCUCCUCAGAAGUCAAUGAGUUUGUCUGAAGAAGCAAAUAGUAAAAAACAAGCAGAAGACAAUAUAUCUAUGGCAUCUUCUUUGCAUUCCAGUCCCCCUGCUUCUCCUCAGGGCUCUCCCCGCAAAGCUGGUAACCCCCAGAGGUCUGAUAACUGCAGCCAGAUCAAUCUCUCUGGCUCGUCCUCAUCUCUUGCAAGUGAAACAAGCAACAAGAACAGUGGACAGCGCAGCUAUGGAAUAGGCUAUGCCCUGAUACCAUCUGCCAAAUCUGAGAAUUUUUCAGAUUCCAGCCACAGCGAGAUCUCUUCACGGUCAAGUAUUGUGAGCAACUGCUCUGCUGAUUCCAUGUCUGCAGCUCUUCAGGAUGAAAGAUGUUUGGCUCAGCCAGUGGUGGUGGUUGAUUCAGCAGGGACAGUUGAAAGGAAAGAGCACCCUCAUCCGUCCUCUGAAUGCAUCCAGCCUUGUCCUGGUUGGCCACUGUCUAGACCUCCAAUGAUACGAGGGCUUCCUGUCCCAUCUUCCAUGAGUACUGAGGAGAUUUCCCAUGAGCACAUCAUGAUAGAAACAGCAGAUAGUGGUCGUGGGAGCUGGACCUCUUGCUCAAGUAGCUCUCAUGAUAACUUCCAAAAUAUCCAGAACCAGAAGGGGUGGGACCUUUUAAACUCCUAUCGCCACACUCACUUAGAAAGGGCCAUCGCUGAAGUAGAACCAUCAAGCUGCUGCCCUGAAGAGAGUCACUUGCAAUCCCACACCCCCUCAAAUAGCAGUAGGCAGUCUAAAGCGGGCAUGGACUUUGACCAAUCCCGGCAAAGCUGGGCUUCCUCGAGUUCUCUGUCAGAUGCGUAUGAAGCAAACUAUGGGACGAUAAAACGAAGAGGACUCGACAGCUUAACAGCAGAGCAAGCUGACAUUUUGGACUCCAAAGCAGGUGGUGAUACAGCUUACAAAACUGUCACUUCAAGUACAGAGAGAGGCCUCAUAGUGUACUGUGUCACCUCACCUAAGGAAGACAAUAGGUAUAGGGAGCCACCGCCCACCCCGCCAGGAUAUAUGGGGAUCUCUUUAGCGGACAUAAAGGAAGGAUCACCUCACCACCCACACCUAAAACCUCCAGACUAUAGUGUGGCGGUGCAGAGGUCAAAGAUGCUGCAUAGCAAACUCUCUAGGCUCUCCUCCACUCCUCUGAGUAGCGAACCAGUGGCCUGUUUUCCAAAGAAGAUGCCUCAGUGGCAUGGCCGACAGCCGUCCCAUCCUAAGCUAGCAGAUAUGACUGACGCAAAUAGUGAAGAGGAUGAAGAUGAACAAGUAUCAGCAGUUUAGCCUUUCUGCUUCCUGUGAAAAUUGCCUCACAUCACAGUAACAUCGGAAGAAGAAAUUGUACAAUAUUGUUAGCUGUAGCUGACAGCUUGCUGCUAUUGACUUCAAAUGUUGCAUUUGCUUCUCUUCUGAAUAAUAUGAUGAACUCUGGAUCAUAAUUUUGAACUAGGUUCAGUUCACUGCAAUCAGCUCCACAGCCUAAGAAAACUAUUUAUAUCUUGAGAGAAACAGGCAACUGUUUCUAAGGAAUACUGACUAAGGAAUGGCAGAAACCAGUAUCCAUUAACGUUUAAUGAACUGGGGCCUCUUUGGAAACAUUGUUCUGUAGAAAAUCUACAGAAACUGUUGGUAGACUUCGCUCAAAUAUUUUCUAUGUGACCAUUACGACUCGCAGUUGAAGAAAGUUAUUUUGUGUGCUUACGGAACUGCGACACUUCAGCAAAACCAAGGAAACGUCUGCAGCAAUCCGAAGAGUAAUUUAUUAAUUUGGAAUUUAUAUAAAGCUUUUUGUUUGUUUGUAUGUGUAUUAGAAUGCUCUGGUUGGCUAAUGUGAAUGCUUUUACAAAGAUAGCAAAUUAUCUUGGUGUAAAUGAAAUGUCUUAUGCUAGCAAAACACCUUGGACUUCUGAAGAACUGGACGUCGUGAGUGCAGCUAGAGGUUUACACACAAUGCCACAUAAACCUCUUUUGUAAAAUGCCAAUCCUGAGGUGUGUAUUGAGUGUGCUUUAAUGUGCAAGUAGUUGAACACUGCCACCUGUUGGUCCUGUAUUUUAAAUCCAGUGAAGUACAUGUGACCGUCUUUUCAAUUAUCAAAUGACUAAGGAAGUACCUGCAGUUCUUUUCGUUCCACAUUCCUUUUCUUGCCCUUCAGUCUAAUUCAGUCAUGGUGUCUGUUGUUUUUACAGCACAAUCUACUGGGAGCCUGUCCAGUGCAAGUCCCAUUGUAAAAAAAAUGGAAGAAGCACAAGGAGAUGGCUGUUGUAUGUAAAUUGGACCAUGAAUUUUUGAGCUGUAUCCACUUGCACUGGAGAAGUACCCAUCAAGUGAUGCUCUUUGGGAGUCAGCUUGAGGUAUUCAAAACUUAGGAAGAGGACCUUGCAAACUGGAUGAAAUGUUAGGUUUUAGUUCUCCCUUAAAAAAAAAAAAUUCUGUAUAUGUAUACUGCUGUGCUUGAUUCUCAGGCCUCAGAUUUGCAUGGAAACAUUUUUUCUCCAAUCCCAGAGUUGAAAACUGAAAGCAGUUACAUGCUCUGCACCUGCUCUGACACACACUCACUAGUUUGAAUUCACAUUAUCCUGGCUGAGCUUUUGCAUCUGGAAAUGAGUUUGAGCCUAAACCCCCCACGGGACUUGGCUCCAGUUAAGUUCCCUUUGUCAGCGUCCUUGCAACCACAAUGACUUAGAAUAAACAAAACACAAAAGGUGAAGAUGUUUCGCAUUCAGAAACAAAAGCUCAUCACAAGAUUUGUGACCAUUGCAGGCUACUGUAUGCUUAUCCUUCUGUAUUUCUGGCCUACGAGUAAAGGUAGCAUGUUUCAGCUUCUAGAUUAUGUCAUAUCCUACCCCUCUAAACAUUUUGAAUUCUUGAGGUGUAGGGUCUUUACAAAUAAGAUAACCCAUCCUUAGAGAUAACCUGUUCCAUCCAUGGGAGUCCAUAAAUGCCACUCAUUAAUCACCAAUGGUGAGCACAAUUGCGGUGAGUGUAGCGUGAGAGAUAUCGGUGGGCUCAUGCCUCCAGUCGCUGUGGGAUACAGAAGCACUUGGAAGCAGCAAGUCUUUUUAUCACUUUGAAGUGCCUCAGAAGCCUACCGUGGCUGCAGAAUCAAGCCCUCUCCCUUGUCUGAGGCGUCGGUGCUGGGCUACAUAGGUGCUCAGGAGCUUUGACCUUGGAGUAUCUCUGAAACCUAGGGCGACUGCAGGCAUAUUGUUCCGGCCUUUUACUGGUCUCAAAAAUAGUUCUGUGUUGUGUUUUGGAGGUGCUUUGAUGAACGGCACAUUAACCGGUCAUAACCCUGCCCCCAAGUUAGGGGAUGGGCAAGGUUGGUGGAGACCAAAUCAUAACCCUGCCCACAAGUUAGGGGAUGGGCAGGGUUGGUGGAGACCAAAUCUUUGGGAUUGUUAUCAAGGCACCAUCGGUCAAAUGUUGUGGACAACUGGCCAUAUUGAAUAUAGUGUACAUGUAUAUAGUACAUGUAUAUUGAAUAUAGUGUGUAUAUAGAAAGAAAUCUAUGUAAGUAUACAUGCAUAUGUAUAAAACACACACACAAAGCUAAGGGACACAAAGUAAGUCACUGUUUACAGUUAGGCUAAGCUGUAGUUGCAGCUUUGCUUUACUUAGCCAACCAGAGUACAUGGAGGAAAACUGGAGUCUCUUGCAUUUAUUUUCUUCCUCUAGCAAUGACCCAGUCAAAAGUUUUAUAAAUACUAUAAAUGGACAUGAAUGUGUCGAUGUAUAUUUCAGGUUUACUUGUAAAUCUUAACAUCAUAAACAUUUAUAAUUAAGCUAGAAGGAAGAUGUUUGUCAAUUUUAAAGGUGCCUCAGAGUAACUUUUUUAUAAAAAAAAUCAAGUUAUAACAAGCUUUCAUAUUUUAUUUCAUGUCUGAGUCAAAUGCAGCAUACUCUGACAAAAUCCAAACACAAGUACCAAAAAAUAGCAUUUAAAUCCUUAAGCCUUCUAUAUGCAUUAUCCACACUGACUUAGGACUGCGCUAGCUAACCGGAGGGUAUGUUUGGACAAACCUGUGUCAUCCUGGAUUUCUGCGAGCCCAUUGGACUACUCCUUUGAUGCCUUGUAUGAUGAAAUUACAAACUAGAAAAUAAAAGAAGGAAAUCGAGAGUUGACUGAAUAGGCUAAUCAUAUGUUAAUCCUCUAGCCUUGAGUAUCUGGAUAAGUAUCUGAAUAAUCAGUCUGCUCUCUUUUUUCCUGCAGGGCCUUAAUGGGAGCAAUCAACCUGUAUAAGUCUUAAUGAAAUAAUAUUAAAACCUGGCUCAAAUUGGCAUCCAUGAUUGCCACAUUUACAACUUUGUUGACGCAGGCACAGCUCAACCCACAGUGACAUUUUCCUGCACAAACCUUAUUAGGAAUUCCACAAUAGUUCAAUUUUCGUUUUUCAUGAGACUUGUGUAGGAUACGGUCUAGGUGGAUUGUGUUCCUAGUCCACAAUCCUUGAGAGCCAUAGCAGGGAAGAAGCACCUGCACAGCUAGAUACAGUGAUGGAUCCAGACUAAGUUACUCAUGCUUUAGUCCAGUGGAGGGGAACCUAUGGCUCUCCAGAUGUUGCUGGACUGCAACUCCCAUCAGCCUCAGACAGCAAGGCUAAUGGUCAGGGAUUAUGAGACUAAAUAAUCCCAUGAUUUGAGUAAAACAUGUCUUACUUGGUCUGGUCUAACCCAACCCACGGGGUUAAGUUUUUACAAUUGGCGUCACCUACUAGAAUGGGCAAACUGCUAUUCCAUUUAAAACUUCAGGUUGCCUGUUCAUCAGUUGACUGACUGCAGUAAAAACCUCAAUGCCUCCAGCUCUGCACAACAUGUUUCUUACCAGAUGUGCUAGGCCUAUCUUAGGAUGUGGCUAUACUUGCCAAAAAAAAAAAAAAAACCCUUUGUAAACCUCAAGCCUUAGCUUCUAGCAAGUCCAUUUCAAUGUAUCAAGUAGUGCAUAAGUGCUAACUUGACAUAACUGCAAGCAUAAUAGGGAAUAUGGUGUUUUGGGGCCAAUAAUAUAGUAACCUCAAAUAUUGUUUCAGCUUGCAGGAACAAUACUACAGGAUUAAAGACUUCCCUUUGGAGGGGUAAUCCUUUCCCAUUUUAUAAGCCUGAUACUUCGUACAUUUACCUUUUUGACAAAUCUCAAGGUCUGCUCACCAUAUCUGAAGGCCAUUGAGCCAGCCAUUCCAUAUCAACGACCCUCUUAAAUUUGAUAUUUCCACAUCAACAGCAUCAGUAUUUUUUUUAAAAUACACUGUUUUUAAAACCAGUGCACAUCUUGCUAAUCAUGUUGUCCAAUAGAGCCCAUAUAGUGUAAAUAUGCUUUGGAUAAAUGAACUCUUUUGACUGCUUCAGAUUUGCACAGUGUGAAUUGCCUCAAUCUGUCCUUGCUCAGAUCUUCAUUUGUUUGUUUUGCUUCUUUUAAUCAGCUGACCACAUUGACCAGGGACACUAGCCAAAAUGGGUAGAUACAAAGAGACAGAAUCUCUCUCUCUUAACCAGUUCUUAUGAAAACUUAAUCAUGUUCUAUGCUGUUUACAUGCCCUUAAUUCUUAAUGUAACUGAGUACAUUGUUAACAUGUUCUGUGCUUUUGUCCCUUGUUAUAUAAUUUCAGCAACCACGUGUUUGAAAUGGCCACCUCUUCUCUGCACAUAUCCUGUAUUUUAUUUACAUAGCUUUUCUUCUACAAUAUAUUGUGAUGAAAUGUGUCUCAAACCAAACAGGAUAUAUCUUUAAAGCGAACUAGAAAAGUAUGAAAAUCUGAAAUGUGGAACCAAUGUUAGUUUUUGCCUCCAUAUAGAGACUUGGGUAUGUCUAUUGCCAUGUAAGUAGACCUGUGAACUGUACAUCACUUUAAGCUUGCCUGUUGAAUCCUAUUUGAUGCUGGGCUUAUAAUGUCAGUGAACUAUGUUGUGGAAAUGUGCUUAAUAUUGGGGUAGAAACAGUGUUACUCUAGAUGUACUGAUGUUUUCCAAAGUAGCCAUUUUGAAGGUGCACAUGUGUCUAUAUGCACUCGUCUUACCCUGAGACACAUUGUCACCUAAGAUAAAACUACAAUGCUAUGUUUUCACCUGACGUAUGGGUACAGAGUCAUUCUUUCUGUACUAAUGUUGGGAGGAUUUUGCACAGACACUCAUAGAGAUAAUUUUCACUUAGGCUUUUGAAAUCGCUUCUCAGGACUUGAUCCUGAUGUGAAACUAGGUGAUUCCAAAUAAUAAGAGGUGGGCUGUUCCUUUACAUAGCCUCUCUGAGGAGGGAAAACCGGAGGAAAAGAAACCUGGUCCGUUCAGCCUUUUAUUCAGGUAAUUUAUUUCUAGGCAACAGCACAGCUAUAGGUACCACAUAAUAUGCAUUACCUUAAAUGUAAUUUUUAAAAGAAUCAUACUUUUCAAUUGCCUUCAAAAACCUAUCAGGAAAAAAGGGAUGUUCCCUUGUUGACUAAAGCUUUUAGCGCCAAGUAUUUUAAAAGCGGAGUGGAAAACAAAUGCAGCUGCUGGUCCACCCCUCUCUCUUUUUUGUCAUUGUCUUGUCUUUUAAUUUUUUAUAUAUUCAUGGAAUGCAGUUUAGCUUGGUAUUAAUGACAUUUUGCAUAUGUGAGCAUAUGGGCAAAAACUGCACAGUUGUAAUGGUAUUCGGAUAGCAAUUGUAAAACUGCACAAGUCAGUGAUUGUAAAGUAUUCUGUAACAAGCAAUGUUUGUCUUCUAUUUUUUGAUACCUCUUAUACUUAUGUCUUUUAGAAAGACUGCCUCUGUAUGCUUUUUUUGUAUUUUUACCGAGUGAUUGUAAAUAUUUGUUAUAUUUUUGGUUAAGAGAAUGUUUAAAAGUACUGUUUA